CCUCCUAUCAUCCCUUGUCCUUGUGCCCUGGUGCUCCCUGCUGUAGCACCGGCAAUUGCUGCCCGCCCGGCGCCGGCUCCUGUUGCCCACCCCAUCCCCAUGGAGUUGGAUUGGACCCGGCUCCGUGGUGACGUUUGCCACACCUGCUUCCACUGCAGCAGUCCGGGCCAUCUUGCCCGUGACUGCCCCACCCCAGCUGAUAUCCAUCACGCUGAUGUCCUUGAUGAGGUCAUCAACCAGCUGGGAAGUGAGUUGCUCUCUGAGUUGGUUGCUUGGGUCGCGACCACUGCAGCCGUUGCGGACCACGCAUCCAACGUCACAGCUGAGGAGGAGCAGGGUUUUCUCCCCAGCGACAAGUGA